AUGGCCGCCUCCCCAGAGCUUAUCCACGCCUACCGUAGCCUGCUCCGCGCCACCCUGCGAGCCGUACAAUACUCGCAGCCUUCGCGCACGACAAUAACGCAGCAGCUGCGGGCGGGCUUCCGCGACCCGCACGGCACGCUGGACACGGAGCGCGUCCGCCACACGGUCUGGUUCAUGAACGCGGCGGCGCAGCAGCGCGGGCUCGAGCACAAGAUUCUCAAGAACCUGUGCCGCGUGCACUGGGAGCGGGCCAACGAGCGCUCGCGCAUGCCGUGGCGGUUGAGGGUGCGCAAGAUGGAGAUGGGGGAGGAGAAGGCGGAGAAGGCGAGGAAGGGGGGGAAGGAGGUGAAGGAGCAGGACGACCCCAUCAGCGGAACGCAGUACGAUCAUUAUGAACAACUCAUCGCGGGUACUGUCUGCCGGACCGGCUGCCGGCUGACGGUUGCCAACCAACGACCCCAAUGCCGCGCCCCCACUAAGGGGAUUCCCCCUCGCCGUUGUUGCGGUUGCCGAGCUUCAGCAGCCCUUCGGCCGCGCCUGCGGCUGAUGCCGGUGGGAGCCGAGCCGAUGCGGUGCACAGCAGCGGGUUUCACCACGGAACUGGAAUUGCAUUUCGGCUUCCCCAAUGAGGGUCUGAUUGUAGUCUGCACUCACUCCGAGGAAGUGCGACUGGUCGAAUGGCUGCCAUUCAGGAAUCGAGCGACUCUUACCCCAAAUUCGAGGACCCUCUUACGGAUCGCCCGCAGCAGAUCUACAGGGUGUGCAGUUGGCUUGAAGACUGGCGCCAAAGUGCAGGGAAGUAUGGGGUAUCGGCUAUCACACCCCGUGGCCCGGCCGGCUCGCUGCCGGUGUAGGGAGGUGUUGGUGGUGCUCCGCUUAGCUGCAGACACCCUCCUCAAUUCGGCAAGCGAUGGUGCAGCAAUGACGUUACCCCUGCUCAAGUGCUCACCAGCCAUGAAGCCAUCGUCGCCUGUCCCGCAUGCCAACCACCGCUCGAUAAACGUAACGGCGGCAAACGGUGGUGUGGCGAUCUCCCCAUAG